GAUGGGAUUAUAACAACCCUACAUGACCUAAUUGGAUUCCAAAUUAUAUCUCUACAUGGACCAUGGGUCAAUAGACAAAUUAGGAGGUUUAAAGAGAGUUUAGGAGCAUUCAAGAUGGGUGAAAAUGGGUCUACAAACAAGACCUACGGGUUAAUGGAGAAUUGAGGAUUUCUUACAACUAUCCUUGUUCAACAAGGAUUUGGAGGAGAUGCUUAAUUGUUGUCCAUGUUGGUUUA